GGGGGCAGGCCGAGAGGCGCCAUUUCGCUGGGACGAGAGGACGGAGCGGGUCGGGCCCCGGUGCGCGCAGGGGGGCGGCCCCAAACCGGAUCCAUCCUCCGCCGGGCGGCUCAGCCCCCGCCUCCGCGCUCCCCGGAGGGCUCGCCGGACCCUCCCCGGCCUCCGUAGCGACCCCUGCCUGCGGCCAGCAGCGAGGGGGGGGCCCUCCUUUCCCUCCCUCCCCCCCCCCCCCCCCCUUCCUCCGUUCCCGUCCUCCCUCCCCUCAGGGAGCCAAGAUGGAACCCGAGCGGUGAUUUUUCCCCGGUGCAAUCCGCUGUCAUCCGUCUCCCGGAUCGCCGCGGCCCGCCUGAUUCCCGGUUUCCGCGGACGCAACCGACUUUCGGCGACGCGGAGAGGCUUGUAUUGAUCGGAUCGCGGAGGAUUUAGGAGCCCGGAGGGGGCUCCGAAGAGGGGACCCCCCCCCUACCCCCAGCCCCGCAACAGCCGCUCUCUCCUACCGCCGCCGCCACCUUUCCCGCCCCGCUACGUACCCCCCCUCCGCCCUCCACCUCCCCGCCGCCAUUUUCUCUCCGCGCCCCGUUCAUGUGAAGGCCGGUGGAUGGUCUCGCACCGCCGCCGCUCGCCGCCGCGCCCGGCUGGAGGAACCGCCGCCGCCGCCUGAGGCCCGCCCUGCCCGGGGGAGGGGAGGGGGUACCUGGCUCGUUCCCCCUCCCCGUUGUUCGGUGAUGCGCUGACGGGGGAGGGCCCCCCACCGGGCCGGUACCGUCGAACAGUUCGCCGGGCAAAGUGGGGGGGUCGUCGGAAGAGACGGCGGCGGCGGGAGGAGGAGGAGGAGGUGAAGAAGAAGAAGAAGAAGAAGAAGGACGGCCGGGAUCGCGGGCCGGGCACGCAGCCGCCGGCAUGUUGCAGAAUGUGAAUCCCCAGAGCAAGAUUCUGGGGGAGGGCAAUGCCGGGCUCAUGGGCCUGGCAACGGAAUCGACCCCCGGCAAGCGGAUCCGCAAACCGUCGCUCCUCUACGAGGGCUUCGAGAGCCCCACCAUGGCGUCGGUGCCGGCCCUGCAAUCCCCCCAGGUGAACCCACCUCCGCCGGAGGUUUCCAAUCCCAAGAAGCCCGGUCGUGUCACCAACCAGCUGCAGUAUCUGCACAAAGUGGUGAUGAAGGCUCUGUGGAAGCACCAGUUUGCUUGGCCCUUUCGUCAACCCGUCGACGCUGUCAAGCUGGGCCUGCCGGACUACCACAAGAUCAUCAAGCAGCCCAUGGACAUGGGGACAAUCAAGCGACGCUUGGAGAACAACUAUUACUGGGGGGCUGCGGAGUGCAUGCAGGACUUCAACACCAUGUUCACCAACUGCUACAUCUACAACAAGCCCACCGAUGACAUUGUGCUGAUGGCCCAAACCCUGGAGAAGAUUUUCCUGCAGAAGGUGGCCCAGAUGCCACCAGAAGAGCAGGAGAUCGUGGUGCCGGUGGCCAAGAACAGUCAUAAGAAGGGAGCGUCCCGGGCAGCAGCGCUCCUGGCGGGACUCACGGCUGCUCAGCAAGUGCCGGCUGUCUCCUCGGUGUCCCACACCGCGGUCUACACCCCAAGCCCUGACAUCCCCACCACCAUAGUCAACAUUCCCCACCCAUCCGUGAUUUCCGCUCCGCUCCUCAAGUCGUUGCACUCCACUGCCCCGGCCGUCCUGGCUGCGCCCGCUCCCACCCAGCCCGUGGCCAAGAAGAAGGGCGUGAAGCGGAAAGCGGACACCACCACCCCCACCACCACGGCCAUCAUCGCCACCAGCGGAGAGUCCUCGCCCUCCGCCACGCUCUUGGAGGCCAAGGCGGCCAAGAUCCCUGCGCGCCGGGAGAGCGGCCGCCCCAUCAAACCCCCCAAGAAGGAUUUACCGGAUUCGCAACAGCACCAGACAUCCAAGAAGGGUAAACUAUCGGAGCAGCUCAAGUACUGCAACGGGAUCCUCAAGGAGCUGCUCUCCAAGAAGCACGCAGCCUAUGCCUGGCCCUUCUACAAGCCCGUCGAUGCCUCGGCCCUGGGGCUGCACGACUACCACGAGAUCAUCAAGCACCCCAUGGACCUCAGCACCAUCAAGCGGAAGAUGGAGAACCGGGAUUACCACGACGCGCAGGAAUUCGCCGCCGACGUCCGGUUAAUGUUCUCCAACUGCUACAAAUACAACCCGCCUGACCACGACGUGGUGGCCAUGGCCCGCAAGCUGCAGGACGUCUUUGAGUUCAGCUACGCCAAGAUGCCGGAUGAGCCGCAGGACGCCAGCCCGCCCUCGGUGUCGGCCCCACUUACCGGCGCCCUCUCCAAAUCGUCCUCCGAGGAGUCCUCCAGCGACGAGGAUGAGGACGACGAGGACGAUGAAGACGACGACGAGGACGAGAGCAGCAGCGAGAGUUCAUCAGAGAGCGAGGAGAGUUCCGACUCGGAGGAGGAACGUGCCAAUCGCUUGGCCGAGCUGCAGGAGCAGCUGCGGGCCGUGCACGAGCAGCUGGCUGCCCUCUCACAGGGCCCCGUUUCCAAACCCAAAAAGAAGCGAGAAAAGAAAAAAAAGAAGAAAUCGGAGAAGCACAAAGGCCGGGGAGGCGACGAGGAAGCCCGGGCGCGCCAGGCCCAGCUCCGUAAAGCCAAGAAAGCCGGUGGUGGCGGCGGCGGGACCGGCGGAGGCGGCGGUUCCAAGAACUCGAAGAAAACGGCUAAAGCGACGUUGCCGCCGCCACCGGUGCUUUACGAUUCGGAGGAAGAGGAGGAGAGCAAACCCAUGACUUACGAUGAAAAACGUCAACUCAGUUUAGACAUCAACAAAUUACCGGGUGAAAAAUUGGGCCGGGUGGUGCACAUCAUCCAGUCGCGAGAACCUUCCCUGCGCGAUUCCAACCCCGAGGAGAUCGAGAUCGAUUUCGAGACCCUCAAACCUUCGACGCUGCGGGAGUUGGAGCGCUACGUUCUCUCCUGCCUGCGGAAGAAACCCCGUAAACCUUACAGCGAAACCAUGAAGAAGCCGGUGGGGAAGACGAAAGAGGAGCUGGCGCUGGAGAAGAAACGGGAGCUGGAGAAGCGGCUGCAGGAUGUCAGCGGCCAACUCAAUUCCACCAAAAAACCCCCUAAAAAGGCCAGCGAAAAACCGGAAUCGGCUCAGCAAGUGGCUGUAUCCCGCCUCAGCGCCUCCAGUUCCAGUUCGGAUUCCAGUAGUUCCAGUUCCAGUUCGUCAUCCUCGGACACCAGCGAUUCGGAUUCGGGUUAGAGGAAUCUCGCGUUUCUCCCCACGAUGGCGCGGCCGAGCCGGAACACGGGCGGCUUUGGAAAAAAGAGGUUCUGCGGGACCGGAUCCAGGUUGAAUCGGACUGAGGGGGGGGCCCUUCACCCGGCAGGCAGAGCCCCCCACCCCACCCGGGGCUGAUGGGGAGGGGUUGGGGGCAGGGAGGAGGAGGGGGGGGAGAGAGAAGAGGGGUGAGGGGGGGACCCCAAGUGUUUACAGGCCGGAGGCAUUGCAGGGGAAGGGGAGGAGAAAGGGGGGGGGCACUGGCUGCAGGGUUGGGCCCUCCCUCCUCCUCUUCCUCUUCCUCCUCCUUCCCCCCCCCCCCCCCCAACAGGUUUUACUGUUUGUUGUUUUAGGUUGGGGGGGGGGUCUUGCUUUUUUUUUUUUUUUUUUUUUUUUUUUCUUCCCUGACUUGUGGGAUUUUUUCCAAAAAGGGGAAAAAUUUGGGGGUUUUUUAAGAAAAAAAAAAAAAAAAAAAAAAAAAAAAAAGAGAGAGAGAAAAAAAAUCUUUUAAAAAAAGAAGGGGGGGGGGGGCAAAGCCCUGGGGCGGGGGAGUGGUUUGAGAGUCCCCAAUUGGGGUUUGCUGGGAGGGGGGGGGGGCUAGGACCCCUCCUUACCCACCCCCACCUCCGGGGGCAGCCGCCGCCCUCCCCUUCCCCUCGUCUGUGGAGGAUUUUUAAUUUAUUGAUGCCGCGUUGUGCUGGCGGGGGCCCUGGGGACGCGCCUUGUACAUAACAACCCCCCCCAACCACAUCCCCCCCCCCCCCCAGCAGACGAUCAGGGCAGCAUGUUCCCGCGCGGGGAAGGGGGGAGGGAGGGGCCGCCUGUUUUUUACGUUGACUGUAUAAUUUUUUUCUACUUGUUUUAUUUUGUUUUUUUGGGGGUUUUGUUUUACUUUUUCCUUCCCCCCCCCCCCCCCCCCCCCCCCCCUUAGACCCUUAGAGCCGUGUUUUCAUCUUAUUGUAUGUUUCGAACGUUUCGAUUCUUUAACAUGUAAAUAAAGAAAAUAUUAUUCGAGUUGA